AUGGUCAGUAGGAGCUCGAUUAGCGAGCUGGAAUCCACGGCUUUUGCUCAGCAGUACGCGAGGUUUUCGGCUGUCAGGUGUGCUGGCAAGGCGGUUAUAAGGGUGUGCCACUGCUUCACCCGGGCACCUCCCGUGGCAGGCACUGGAUGCGAAAAGCGGUGUGGUGCGGCGGCCCUCGAGAUCUUCUGCUCAGCGGUCUUCCGCGGCCUUGUUAGCUCUGAAACAGCGCCGGCAGAGGGGAUGGCUCGUGUUAGAGGGAUCGACCAGCACGUGCCGCACCCCAGAACCUGUGAUACCCUGCGACGGCGUCAGGCCACACACAGACGCACAUAUAAUGGAAGCACCUGCCCGACGUCGCAGUCGCGGAGCUGUCAUGACAGACGACAUGAAGAGACUUUCUAA